AUGGAAUAUCAGUAUCUAUUGGGAGCAGUCAUUGCUUCUGUUUUGGGUUUGGGGUUGCUUUUAGUUUUUCAUGCAAAAGGAAAGAGAAGAGGCAGAGUUUCAAAGGGUAUUCGAAAGGACGGAACUUUUAAGAACUCUAAAAAUGGAAUGAGCAGGUUAUGCAAUACAGAAAGCACUGAUAUAAUCAUUGUUGGUGCUGGUGUUGCUGGUUCAGCUCUUGCUUACACUCUUGCCAAGGAUGGACGCAGAGUGCACGUAAUCGAAAGAGACUUGACUGAGCCUGAUAGAAUUGUUGGAGAACUCCUACAACCUGGAGGUUACCUGAAAUUAAUUGAGUUGGGCCUUGAAGAUUGUGUGAGUGAGAUUGAUGCUCAAAGAGUGCUUGGAUAUGCAAUCUUUAAAGAUGGGAAAAGUACCAAACUAUCAUAUCCAUUAGAGAACCUUCGUUCAGAUGUUGCUGGAAGAAGCUUUCAUAAUGGCCGUUUUAUUCAGAAAAUGCGAGACAAAGCCGCAACUCUUUCCAAUGUCAAACUGGAACAAGGAACAGUAACAUCACUUAUUGAAGAAAAGGGAACUAUUAAAGGAGUGCAGUACAGAACCAAGAUUGGAACAGAGUUCACAGCGUAUGCUCCCUUAACAAUAGUCUGCGAUGGCUGUUUUUCAAAUCUGCGGCGGUCUCUUUGCAAUCCUAAGGUUGAUAUCCCAUCCUGUUUUGUUGGUUUGGUGCUGGAGAACUGCAGCCUUCCAUAUGCAAAUCAUGGGCAUGUUGUUCUGGCAGAUCCAUCUCCAAUCUUGUUUUAUCCUAUUAGUAGCACCGAGAUUCGUUGUUUGGUGGACGUUCCUGGGCAGAAAGUACCUUCCCUUUCCAAUGGUGAAAUGGCUCGCUAUUUGAAAACUACAAUAGCUCCCCAGAUCCCUCCUGCGCUGUAUGAUGCCUUCGUUUCUGCAAUCGACAAAGGGAGCAUAAGAACAAUGACUAACCGAAGCAUGCCAGCUUCUCCUCGCCCCACUCCAGGUGCGCUUCUAAUGGGCGAUGCAUUCAACAUGAGGCAUCCUUUAACUGGAGGAGGAAUGACUGUGGCUCUAUCUGAUAUUGUUCUGCUACGUGACCUUCUUAGACCUCUAUACAAUCUGAAUGAUCCAUCUUCCCUCUGCAAAUAUCUCGAGUCAUUCUACACCCUGCGUAAGCCAGUGGCAUCUACCAUAAACACACUGGCAGGUGCCCUAUACAAGGUGUUUAGUGCAUCGUCCGAUCCAGCUAGAAACGAAAUGCGGCAAGCAUGUUUCGACUACUUAAGCCUAGGAGGAGUAUUUUCGAAUGGACCAAUAUCUCUACUCUCUGGUCUACACCCUCGGCCAUUGAGCUUGGUUCUCCAUUUCUUCGCGGUGGCUAUCUAUGGCGUCGGCCGCUUAGUGCUUCCUUUACCAUCACCUAAACGGAUAUGGACCGGUGCUAGAUUGAUUUCGGGGGCAUCAGGAAUCAUCUUUCCAAUAAUAAAGAGUGAAGGAAUUAGACAAAUGUUCUUCCCUGUAACUGUUCCAUCAUACCACAGAGCUCCUCCCAUUGCUUGA